UAGCAACAUUUGGAGCGGAGGCGACCGGCGGUGUCACAGUCACUGUGCCCUGUUACGCUUCGCUUGUACGCUGCUGAACCUGGCACGAUGUCACCGAAGAACCGAGUGUUCGUGGUCGGUGUGGGAAUGACAAAGUUUGAGAAGCCAGGAGCCAGAGAUGAGUUUGAUUAUCCUGAUAUGGCCAAGGAAGCAGGGCAGAAGGCCUUGGCAGACGCAGGAAUCCCGUACUCUGCUGUAGAGCAAGCCUGUGUGGGCUAUGUGUAUGGCGAUUCCACCUGCGGGCAGAGGGCCAUCUACCACAGCCUGGGCCUGUCGGGCAUCCCCAUCAUCAACGUCAACAACAACUGCUCCACCGGCUCCACCGCCCUGUUCAUGGCCCGGCAGCUGGUGCAGGGAGGUCUGGCCAACUGUGUUCUUGCCCUGGGUUUUGAGAAGAUGGAGAGGGGCUCACUGUCCUCAAAGUAUAUGGACAGGACGAACCCUAUGGACAAGCACAUGGAGGUCAUGAUCAACCGCUACGGCAUGGUUGCAGCCCCAGCCGCACCACAGAUGUUUGGCAAUGCCGGCCGAGAGCACAUGGAGAAAUACGGAACUAAACCGGAGCAUUUUGCCAAAAUCGCCUGGAAGAACCACAAGCAUUCCACGAACAACCCGUACUCCCAGUUCCAGGACGAAUACAGUCUGGAUCAGGUCCUCAAGUCAAGAAAGGUCUUUGAGUUCCUGACUCUGCUACAGUGCUGUCCCACCUCGGACGGCGCAGGGGCCGCGGUCCUGGCCAGCGAGGAAUUCGUAAGGGCGCACGGGUUGGAGGGGAAGGCGGUGGAAAUCCUGGCCCAGGAGAUGGUGACCGACCUCGCCACCACUUUCCAGGACAACAGCUGCAUGAAGAUGGUUGGCUAUGACAUGACUCGGCUUGCAGCCAGGAAGUGCUUUGAAACGGCUGGGUUGAAACCGGAGGAUGUGAACGUCAUCGAGCUGCACGACUGCUUCUCGGCCAACGAGCUCAUCACGUACGAGGCCCUGGGGCUCUGCGGAGAGGGCGGGGCCGGACAGCUGAUCGACAGGGGAGACAACACAUACGGCGGGAAGUGGGUGGUCAACCCGAGCGGGGGCCUCAUCUCCAAGGGACAUCCACUGGGUGCCACAGGUCUGGCGCAGUGCGCGGAGCUCUGCUGGCAGCUCCGAGGGGAAGCGGGGAAGAGACAGGUUCCGGGUGCAAAGGUUGCCCUGCAGCACAACAUCGGCCUCGGCGGAGCGGUGGUUGUAACGCUGUACAGGAUGGGAUUUCCACAGGUAGAAAGGGCUCAGCGUAUCCAGGCGGCGCCCACCAGCGCGAGCAGCGGCCUGGAGGGGUUCAAGGCGCACGCAGUCUUCCAGGAAAUCGAGAAGAAGCUGGAGGAGGACGGGGAGCAGUUUGUGAAGAAGAUCGGCGGCGUGUUUGCGUUCAAGGUGAAGGACGGCCCGGAUGGGAAGGAGGCCACGUGGAUCGUGGACGUGAAGAACGGCAAGGGCUCCGUCAGCAAUGACGCAGAGAAGAAAGCGGACUGCACCAUUGCCAUGUCUGACGCGGACCUGCUUGCCCUGAUGACAGGGAAAAUGAAUCCUCAGACGGCCUUCUUCCAGGGAAAGCUGAAGAUCACAGGGAACAUGGGCAUGGCCAUGAAGCUCCAGAACCUUCAGCUGCAGCCCGGCAAAGCCAAACUGUGAUGUCCAGUCCCACGGCACUGACACACUAGGGGGGCGCUCUAGGGGGAGGAGAGCAGCCCAGCAGGAGCGUCUCAUUUCCCUCCUCCUGUCACUGUUCUUCGAAAACCUCACCACUGCCCCCCUCCCCACCCCCAAAAUCUUGUUCUAACUCGAUGAGUAAUUAGAGCAAUGUAGGUUUGCACACAGACGUUGGAAUAUUAAUCCAUUUUGAUUAAAGUAUCCCUGUAAAUUAUGGAUAAUCAUGUACGGUUUCGACGUCUGACCUGGCGGUUAUGUCUAACCCUGUUAAAUUCCACCUGUUUUGUUUAGUAAAAAAUAGUUUGCAUUUGGGGAUUGAGUGAAUCUUUCAAAGUAGGUUUUUGUUCUAUGCCUGUGGUGAGUUACUCUCCCUGCCCCCACACUAGCUUGUUCUGGAGGACCAUCAGUCAUGUCUUUGCAGUAGGAGGUACAACAGGUGCAUGCUGGGAGGGUGAAUUUAUGAAUGUUGUCAUCCCUACAGUUAUUGGUUACCCUCAGCAGUAGUGUAACUUAAUAAGGCCUUUAUAAAGCAUAUGUAGGGCCCUCAUGAGCAUGGAAUUAUCACAUUAUGAAGCACUCAUAAAUGGGGGCAGGGCUUAUAGAGCAUUAUGUAAAAAAAAUAAAAACAUGUUACACCAGGUGAGCACAGCAGUUAAGACACAACUCACAGUAAAUGCAAGUCACCAUUUAUGUGAAAAUGUUAUGUAUUACUGUGUCAGGCAUCAUUAACUACAAUGUUUAAAAAUGUUUACAAUGGGUUUAUAAAGUGUAAUCCCAUGCUUAUAAAGGAGGUCCUAUGCUUUAUGAAGCUCUUAUAAAGUUUCACUUUAAAUAUCGUGUCCCCAUUAAUUCAUGUUUAAAAUGUGUCUUUAUUUGGACCAUUCAAUGUGCCUCUGAUGUCUGUCUUGGAGAAUAGCCACUAUCCCUCGACUGGCAACACCACCUGAAGCUUGACCCAAAAUAGGAUCUAUUGAGGAAAAACACAAGUUAACGGAGUUAAGUUCAGAUUUUUGAUUACAAGUGCUAAGACUUCUGAUUUUACUAAAUAAACCUUACAAUAAUGAAAUUCUCCCUGGCUGAAAGAGUUAUUU